AUGACAACGCUGCAGGACUUGAAUACGUUCUUGCCUUUAGAUAACACUUUCGGAAAAACAGUCAGAGCAGAAGCGCUUGUUUCGGGGAAAAAAAAAGAAGCGCUCAUUCAAUGUGCCUUAGAAGCAUGUAGAAUAUUGGAUAGAUAUGGCGUGUUGAGACGAGCAAAUCAUGAAACGAAAAAAAGAAGGAUUCAUAACUGGGAAGAAGAAGAUUACUACGCUUCCGAUGAAGAUAACUUUUUAGAUAGAACUGGAACAAUAGAGAAAAAACGUGAACAAAGAAUGAAAAUGGCAGGAAAAUUAGAAACGAAAGUGGAAACCUAUGGCUCCUUACUUGAAAAUUAUUCAAACGUUGUUGAAAAAAUACGAACCUUAGAAAGUUUAAUGGCUUCGCAAACAUCAAGACAAAAAGAAGUAAGUAAUCAAAGUGAAGAUACGUUGGAUAAAUUUAUGUCUAUGUUGGAUACAUCAAUAUGUGACGAAACUCAAACUAAAAAAAUUAAAAUAGAUCUCUUAAAUCUACGAAAAGAAGAAUCCCAGCUUUUAAAGUUGAUGAAUGUAGCAAAGCCAAUAAAUCUGUCUUCUUCAAAUCCUUUGUCUAUUGCUCCUAAGAAUGCCAAAGAUAGCUUAAAUUCUGUGGCUCUCCCUGAAGAUGUAGACAUAUUGAGGCUAUCUCAUUGUCAGGAAUUAGACUCUGUAUGCAAACUAGGAAAUAGUAGUAAAAAUCUAAACUUAAUAACAGAAAAUACAAAAUCAAAAAAUUUUCAAGAGAACAAAAAUAAAAAUUUAAUACAUGAGACUCUAAAGGAUGUUCAAGAUAAGAUAGUACAUAACACCGAUAAAAAAUUGAUAAAAAAUACCGUAAGAAAGAACAAUACUGCACAGUAUCAGCAAGCAUUAAAAGGUAUUGCAAAAAAUGUAGACAGAAGAUCUAUUGAAGAUGAUUUUAUAGAAGAUUACAAUGUGUGGGUUCCUCCGCUUAAUCAGACUGGAGAUGGAAAAACUAUAUUGAAUGAAAAAUUUGGUUAUUAAUAGACAUCAUCUCUUGGAUUAGAUAAAAUUUAUU